CUAGUUCCUAUUCGCUUACCCUGUCAUCACUCAGCCAUGGCAAUCCUACCUUCCCGCCUCCUUUAUGCAGCGUGGCGCAGCGCAGUCAGCAGUUGGUGGCAAUCGUCUGUCAUCUUCGGCCUUCACACGCAGACGUCUAAUCGUUGUCGAGCUAGCCAGGAUGUCGACUUGACGGAUCUACCCGCCUGUAGCAUACGAGAUACCAUUAAGCCCCGGAUUCUGCUGACUGCAUGCAGCACACGAGGCAGGAAGGAUGCGAAGCCGACCAGGCUCGCGGAUCGGGGGGUGUUUGCGCAUCGAGGAUAUCAGGCGCGAUCGAAAAGACGGACUGCGGAAUGGGGAAAGAAGGAGCGGCGUGUGUAGAGUAGGUUUGGCGAUCUAAGCCUGGCACCGAGUAGUUAUCGUGGUCGACGUUUGGUGGGCAUUGGAAGGGCGCCGCACCGGAGGAGUUAGGUAUAUGUUCUUGAGGUAGAUGGGACUAGGGGUCUACUGCUAAUGAUACAGUGG